AUGACUUGUUUCUAUUAUGAUCCAGUACUAAAAGUAUUCUCCCCAUGUGCACUUAGGAUAUUCAUAUCAGUAGUCUUGGUAGUUGCUUUUUUAAUAAUCGUUCUAGUGAGGAACUUGACAGUUGAACGAGUUGAUGUCGUUGAUGAGCAGGAACCGUUACUAGCGGAUCAGACCAAUUACAAUAGUAAUAGCGAAUCCAACCAUGCUAGUAGUGGCAAAGAACCGAUCGUCUAUACGCCAUCUGCGUCUUCUCUCGUGUCGGGAGCAACAUCAAUCUCAGUACUGAUCAUCGUCACCUACUUGCUAGACAUGACUUGGAUUCUAGGUCUUUAUGUUAGAGUAUCCAACCAUUCUGAUCAGCCUGUCACGUGGCCUACUCCACCGUGGUAUUUGGUUGCUGGAGCAAUCACAACUUUGACCGUCUGGUGCGUCCAUCACUAUUAUCUCUUGUAUGACUGGAAGCACGGAUCUGUAUGGAGUGCUAGAGGACGUCUUGUCCCGAUCUCCGUGUCGGCAAUCGUGUUCUGGAUUGUGGCAUUUGCUGCUGGGCUAGUGGAACUAUAUCACGACACAGUGUAUCUCAACCAUCCAGACCGUUGGCCAGAACAAUCAGGAGCUAUAGGAUCUGGUUUAUCAACCAUCGCAACUAGCUUCAUAUUCGCUUUCGCUGCUCGUAUGAUUAUGCUCCUUGGCCUAGUUAUUGUAGCAGCCAUCACAAUUGCCUUGUCAUCCAACUCUACUCAAACCACAUCAACAGCUCUGAAUGGACAUGCUAAUGGAGAUGCUGCAAAUGGUCUUGCGGAAGAAGCUUCAGAGGCACCAGAUAGUCGUCAUACGACUAGAUCGGCUCUUCUCGGAUUCAAACCGCCAUCAACCUUAGUAGAAUACAGCAAGCAGUUUCUGAAGCUGAUCCCAUUCUUAUGGCCUCAGGGUAAAGAUGCGGGGCUACUCCAGCUGCUGCUUUGUCUUUGUAGCGUCAUCCUUGUAUUGGGAAGAGUAGUCAACUUGCUGGUGCCCAUGCAAUUCAAACAUGUCGUGGACUUGUUUGGAAGUGCUGCUACAGGUGGAGCUGGCUUCAUCUUACGUGCUCAACGCGAUGGAACACCAAUUGCUAUACAAACUAUAGAGCCAGGGUUGCCUUUGUAUACUGCUUGGGGAGCUAUUGGUUUAUUUGUGUUUUUAAGGUUGUUGCAAGGUGGAAGUGGAUUGUUGAGUUGUACUGAAGAUAUGCUCUUCCUUCCCGUAUCUCAGUUUACAACACGACAAGUGAUGGUCAAAGUCUUUGAGCACCUUCAUAGUUUGUCAAUGAGAUUCCAUCUCGGUCGUAAGACCGGAGAAAUUUUACGAGUACAAGAACGUGGAACAUCUUCUAUUGGAUCUCUCAUCGAGUUGAUUUUAUUCCAUAUCGUACCUACACUCGCAGAUAUUGCUAUUGCUACCAUCUACUUUACCUAUCAAUUUGAUCUGAUUUUUGGGGCUAUAGUAUUGGCUACCAUGUGCGCGUACAUAACAUGCACUGUCGUAGUAACAGAAUGGCGAACAAAAUAUCGACGUUUGACGAAUCUUUUGGAUAAUGAGAUGGAGGCAAAAGCUGUUGAUUCGUUAUUGAACUUUGAAACAGUCAAGUACUUUUGUGCUGAGUCCUUUGAAGUUGAUCAAUAUGGCACUGCUAUUCGAGCAUACCAAAAGGCUGACUUUGUAUCAUCAGCGACUCUCUUCUUGCUCAACUCGUUGCAAAACAUCAUCAUCAAUGCUGGAUUGCUAGUUGGCUCUCUAUUAUGUGCUCGUCGUAUAUUCGUCGAUGGAACAAUGACUGUUGGCGACUUUGUCUUGUACUUGACGUACCUUAAUCAACUGUAUGAGCCCUUGAAUUACUUGGGCAGUGUGUAUAGGAUGAUUCAGAAAAACUUUGUGGACAUGGAGAAGAUGUUGGAUUUGUUACACGAGAAUGUCGAGGUCAAGGAUGCUCCGGGAGCUCUUCCUUUGGUUGUAAAUCGUGGAGAAGUGGUCUUUGACAAUGUCUCAUUUGCGUAUGAUCCACGAAUGCCUACUCUCAAAUCGGUAUCAUUCACGAUUCCACCAGGAAAUACUGUGGCUCUUGUUGGUAGUUCUGGAUCGGGCAAGAGCACGAUACUUCGCCUGCUGUUCCGCUUCUACGACGUCCAAUUUGGUCGAAUCUUGAUUGAUGGACAAGAUAUUCGUACUAUUACUCAAAAGUCGUUGAGAAAGUCAAUUGGUGUUGUGCCUCAAGAUACUGUGCUCUUUAACAACACUAUAAGGUACAAUGUGAGGUAUUCCAGGCAAGAUGCUACAGAUGUCGAGUUGGAAGACGCUGCGAAGGCAGCUCAAAUUCAUGAAAAGAUCAGAACUUCGUUUCCUGAUGGCUAUGAGACGAAAGUUGGUGAACGAGGGUUACGACUAAGUGGUGGAGAGAAACAACGAGUAGCCAUCGCCAGGACCAUUCUCAAGAAUCCACCUGUGAUUGCAUUAGAUGAAGCGACGAGCUCAUUAGACUCACACACUGAACGCCAAAUUGAAGAAAGUCUACACAAAAUGUCUAAGGAUCGUACCACUCUGAUUAUUGCUCAUCGUUUGAGCACCAUUGUGAAUGCCGAUAUCAUUCUAGUCCUGAAAGACGGCGAAAUCGUUGAGCGGGGCUCUCAUGCUACUUUGAUGCAGGAUCCAAAUGGCCUUUACUAUUCAUUGUGGAUGAAGCAGCUCGAUGAUGAAAUCUCGAGGUCGAAAAAAGCGCGGAGGUUAGAGGAAGCACAAGAUCGAGACGGUGGCGGUGAUGAUUCCGUUACGGGGGACACACCAGGGUCUUCUUUAUUCUGA